AAGAACGGAGCUCAUCGAUCCAUUUCCAAACAUUGUCCAAGGAACCCCCACGACAUGCAGAUCUCCCAGAACAUAUCUGCAUUUCUUGUCAUCUUAUUGGCCAUUUUGGCCACUUGCGAAUCGCGUAGAAGUGCUUACCGCCUGCCAAAGCUGCAGGGACGCAGUGCUUCUGGCAGUACAUCUCCACAAGAUGUGGGUUCUGGUCGGGAUCUGAUGAAGAAGUUUAUGAUGAUGCGUGGACUCUUCCAGCAGCCGCCCAGUGACAAUGUGAUUGUGAUCACACAGCCCUCGACAACAACGACAACGACCACGCCCACUGGAUCGCCCACCACCACGACAUCGACGACAACAACAACCACGCCCACAACCAACAGUACGGCACGAUCCUUCAAUGGAAAUGUCCAUCAAAAGGAAGCACAGAAUAUUGAGGUACAGGAAAUUCCAGUGACCACCACCAUGACAGGUCGGGGUCUUCAGGAUCGACUGGAUCUACCAGAAGACAAGGAUGAGGAGGACAUCCUGGAACUGGAGACUCUAAAACCGAAAAAGUCAGCACAAUGGUCAACGAAACUUCGUCUGAAGGGCAUACAGUUGAACAAUAGAAAGAAGAACCUGGUCAAGAAGACACAUAGACGAGUCCACAAGCAUCCACAGAAAAAGAAGCGUCAUCAGAAGAGGAAGGUCAACAAGAAGCCAGCGGCAAACCAGCUACGGAACACCGAAUCCGCGGUCAACUUCAUCGAACCCUAUCACAACGAUCGAAUCCAACCACAAACUGGUCAGUCCGCCACCGAUUCUCGAUUGCAGCGCAUCUGGCGACGCUUUCAAAUAGCCAACUAA